AUGAAGACGCUCACCACCCUCUCCGUUUCUCUUCUUGUCGCCUCUGCCGCGCUCACGGCCCAAGCACACACAAAUGACAUUCGCAAACGACACGCUCCUGCGUUUGAGCGGGCUCUCGACUCUGCUCUUGCAAAGCGUGAGCCCCAGGGACCGCCCAUUCCUAUCAUCAUUGGUGACUCGGAAUCCGAGUCCUCGACAUCUACCUCGUCGGAAUCCACGUCGUCUAGAACCCCAGAGCAGACUCCGACGCCUACUUCAACUUCGACAACGACGACCUCUACGCAAGCACCCCAACCCCCUCCGGAAGAUUCGACCACGUCAACCUCGACCUCUUCUACGUCUUCCAGCUCUUCUUCCAGCAGUUCCUCUUCAUCACGAAGCACUGCUUCAUCCUCCAGUUCCGAUACCCGCACUGUAAUCCGGAAUACCCAAUCGCAGACAUUUGCGAGCGUUCGUCAGACGACCACAAUCACGACAUCCCGCAGUACUGCGUCGAAUGCGGACCAAACCGAGACUCCUGACAAGCCUAGCUUUACCUCGAACAAGGGAGCCGUCGCGGCCACGGUGACCGUUGCCGUCAUUGUGGUCGUUGGUGCCCUGAUCUUUAUCGCAUUCUGGAUCAAGAGGAAGAAUAACCGUGGAAAGAUGGGCGAGGAGGACAUGUGGGACGAGGCCUCGAUGAAAGACUUUUCUCGUCCUCCCGUUGCAGGCAUGCCCAUGUCGCCACCGCCAGUUGCCAUGUCUCUCGCCGACGAGCAGACGCACGGCGGUCUCACCCGCUCGCGGACCCAGACGCAAGCCCUCCCGAGCCAACUCGCCCGUCAGCGGUCGAACCAUUCGUCGCCCGGCAAGAGUGCCGAGCGCGAGAUGGAGCCGGAUGAGCUUCUCGCCAUGCCGCCUGUCACAAACUAUGAACGGCCCCGCGACUCGGCAUAUGAUAUUGUCCCGGCGGCUCCACCCACGGCAGCUUAUGCUUCUCACCAAGGCUAUGGCGCUCAACAAGGCUAUGGUGCACAACAAGGCUAUGAUGCACAAGGAUACGAUUACAACGCGUACUCGAAUGCAUACGCCUCGUCUUCUGGAUCAAACGCAUAUACGGCCGCGUCUGGUUCUGGCUCGAACGGCGGUCUCGCACCGCCCAAGCGUGCCGGCGAUCACACGAGCUUUGGGUCUGGAUUCGGCAAUGAUCCGUUUGCGGGCACUGGCUUUGUCGACGCGACGCGCGAGAGCACCUAUGGGCCUGGGCAAGCGGGUCGUGGUGCCGGAUAUGGCGCAGCAGGUGCGAGUGGGAGCGGGUCGAAUGCGCAAGUGAAUGGGUUGGGCAAUCAGUGGCCACAAAACUAUGAUCCGUACACGGGCUAUAGCCAAGGCGCGCAGACGCCCUAUGGACAGGGACAUUCGCAGGCCUAUGGUGGCUACGGAUAUGCUAGUUAA